AAAUUUAAUUUACACUUUAUCACCCUGGCGAUCGGAAUGUUCUACGAAUGAUCAGAUCUUUAAAGACGCCUGUGUUGACGCGUUUACCAGUUGCAAAAGUCGCAAAUCAGAUGGCGCAUUAUCAAGAAAACACGGGCCAGUUGAAAACUUCCGGUUGAAAACCAGUUAUGUGGAAAACUUCCGGUUGCGAGGAAAGAUCACGGUUCCGUGGUGAAAUCGCACCGCUGGUAGUAUGCCCAGAACUCGCCACGUGCGCAUGCAGGAGAUAGUUGUCCACGUUACUGCUAGAAAGUAGCCGAAGAAGUUUGCAACGCCCGUUCGUCCAUAAGGCCACCGAGAUGUCCUCGGCUUUUUUAAUGGCCGCCUGCGGUAUAGUUUCCGCUAUGCUGCACUGCAUUGUCGUUGCAAGCAAAGGAUUUCCAAUGGAACGAGAAAAUACGGAGGGAGGCGGGUACCGUUUGGUCGAAGGUGACAUUAUUGUUGACAGCGUUCCGGAAAAGGAUUUUCAAAAAGUGUCGAUGCUUGAAAAUGCAAGGAGCGCGGACGACAGUCGCUGGGAGAAUGGCAUAGUUGUAUUCACUCUUGGUCGACACCUUACAGGUGAGGACUUGGUUACGCGAGUUCACGAUGCCAUGGCCAACAUUACCCUGGAAACGAACAACUGCAUUCGUUUUCGCAACAGAAGCAACGAAAACGUAUUCGUGGUGAUUGACUCGGACGGCAGCCUAGGGUGCCGAUCAAACGUGGGACGGCAGAGAAAACAACCGCAGACUGUCUUUCUACACACCGACUGCACGCUCGGAAAUAUCAUCCAUGAACUACUGCACACGCUGGGCUUUUUCCACGAGCACACCCGCCCGGAUCGGGAUAAUUACAUACGAAUACGAAGUGCUAACAUCAAACCCACUCACGUCCAUAAUUAUGACAAGCCCCCUGAAAAGGACACAACGCAACUAGGCCAUCCUUACGAUUUUUCCUCCAUCAUGCACUAUCCGGCGUUUGAUUACGGAGCCGCCAUUAAUACGGGACUGCCAGUCAUGGAGAGCGUGGAUCCACACAUCAGUCUGACCACUAAUACCAGACUGAGUCCGCUGGAUGUGAAGAAAAUAUUGCGUCACUAUCAGUGUGAAGAUCGCGAUACGGAUAUCUGCACGCUCGUCGUGGGUAGCUGUUCAGUCUACCAUAGCACGCUCAAUACAUCGAAUAUGGUUUCCCCUCAAUACCGAAAGUGGCUGGACCGUUAUUCCGGGCUACGGGACUGCACGCGCCAAACGCCGAAGAACGCGGUCUCCGUGUACUGUCAGCCGGGAGCAAAGCCGGAUGAUGCGCGCACCAUCGCCGGCAUCCUCCGGAAUCGCUUAGAAGUGUCGAAUUACACUCUAUUCGUGGUCGAUACGGUGCUCAGGCAGAGUGGUCGAUUCGCGCUGAUCAAAGAUAAAAUUGUCAGUCUCUGGAUUUCCACAUGCACGACGGAUUCCGUGACAUCCCGCUUAAAGCGUAACAACUUCACCAACUUAAUUGAAUUUGGGGUGCACAACUGUAGCCGACAGAGAGUGCUCAGGAAUGAUUUCGCGGGAAACCGUUUACUUCGUCGCAUCGUUUUCCAUGCGACGAGCAUCGCGUUCUUAGAGCGGGACACCUUUGCGGAAUUAAACAACCUACAGGUUCUGCAACUGGAAGAAUGGUGGUUGCCACGAAUACACGGUAAACCGCGAAAAGAGGAGGUUAUUCAUCAGGCCAUCCUUGUGCACUGCAGCUGUGAGUAUCAGUGGCUGCGCGACUGGUUGACGCGUAAACCGGAAUUAACGGGAGCGAAGAAUGCUAACGCAGUGUACCCAGGCAGCCGGGAGCUGAAAGUGGGGGAGAUAUACCUGUCUGUCGACUGUACCAACCCCAGGCUGACCGUUCGCAACUGGGCUAAUGGGCAUGUUACCAGCGCCUCUUACAACUUAGACAGAAAUCCGUUUGCCUUGAAUGCUGCGCGUUGUACAAAUGUAACUGGAGUGUAUCUAAGGUAAUGGCGACCGUUUCCUGUAAUCAGUGGGCAUGGUCGGUGGAUAGUGUGGGUGUUUGCACGAUUCUUGUCCACGGUAGUCUUCUCUUCUCGAAAUGUGCCUCCGGACGCACAGUUCGUGCUCCUUUACGCGUUUAUUUUGUUUGCACAUAAUGUAUGUUUUAUUUAAAACUUUUGUUAGUAAUUACGGACGGAUGAUUUUUUGCACGGUAUAUUUACAUGUGAGCCGACGACUGCAGACUGCAGCUCAUCUGUUUUACAUUCCGAUUUUUUGCAGAUUUAAGUGCAGUCGGAACUGUUUAUUGAAACUUUAUCGGCGAUUCACUUCUAACGCUUCGCGUACAUUCAGCUUGUACACUAUUUAGCUAUGACACAACGACAUUUUUAAAUGAUUAUGCCGCUGCGUGCAUGUUCAGAUUGUGGUACUGUUACAAGAACCUCUCGUCUCAGCAUGCAAACAUGUAAACAUGUAAAUAGCCUCUUGAUGUACCAGAUUAGUAUUUACAGUAUCUCAAGGGUCAUCUGCAUGAUCGUUCUGACCAUAUCCUGCAUUCCUAAUAAGCACUCUUUUGUAGCCUUGAGCUCUUGCGCUCUAUAAGCGCUAAGCACUGUAACUGCCAUG